UGCGGCAGCGUGAGUCGACUUUGACGUCGAAAAGGAGGGAAGUUGAGAGGACACUUUAAAGUUGCCCUCCAUCACGACGAUCUGUGUGUAACUUAAGAACCUGAGGUCAGUGUGGAGGACCGGAGAGAUGACUGACCUGUUUGUUUCUGUGGCGGUGUUGGGCUCUGCGGUGCUCCUCAGCGAGGCCAUCCGCCGGACAGCGGCGCGUCUCCUCCCCGGAGCUUACUGGAUUUACCUGUUGGAAGCGGCGUCCACCCUCCAGCUCUGCUGCUGCACCCAUGAACUCAAACUACUGGGUGAGACGGCGCAGCUGGAGCUGCUGGUCGGCCUCACCCUCACCUACAUCAUGACGGUUAUCCAUCUGUCAACUUUCCGGGGAGCGACGUGUAACCCGAGCGGGAUCCUGGAGAGCGUUUGCCGCGGGACCAACACGGUCAGGGCGGCCGUCGUGCUCAUCGCCUGCCAGUUCGCAGCCGCGGUCGCCGCGCAGUAUUUCGCAGCAUCCGUCUGGUCGCUGGGUCUCUCCGACGUCCACGUCCGGCACCAGAGGUUCGGGUUCCGAUGCUUCGACCCUCUCGGUGGGACUCUGAUGGAGGCCGCGGCCGUUGAGCUGGGCUGCGCCUUCACGGUCCAAGCUGCCGCCUUGCAUGUCCACAAACUGGACGAAAAACUUCGAGCUCACUUCGUCGCAGCUGUGAUCACUGCUGUGGUUUACGCAGGUGGAAGUAUUUCGGGAGCCGUCUUUAACCCCGUCCUGGCCUUCUCCAUUCAGUUCCCCUGCAGCGGCCACACCUACCUGGAGUACUGCUUUGUAUACUGGCUGGGGCCAGUUUUGGGGGUGGCGAGCUGCAUCCUGCUGUUUGAGAAGAUCAUCCCCUUCCUCUCUGGAAAGAGCACCAUUGGGCUGGAGGUGCCUGCUGUCCAGAAACAGAAGAAGACACAGUAGCAGCAGUGACGUGAGGACAAGCCAGGACACAUGUUGUGUCUUAAACAUUUUAUCCCAUGUGUCAGGGUGGAUAAUACCAGCAUACAUUUUUUUCCGUUUUGUCAUCAACACCCAUGAUGACAAAAAAUGCACAACACAUGAAACCUUUGGGCUGGUGUUUGUCAUCAUAACACAAUGAGGCUUAGUGCUUCUGGAGGGUAACAACUAAGCUGGAUUUGACUGGCAAACACAGAAGUGGGUUCAGCUCUUCAUGGGCAAAUUCACACAAAAUCGGAUUUGAAUACACAGAAAAUAUGAUCCAUAAUACUGCAGCACAUGACUGACAAUCAUCACGCUUUUAGGUUUUCUUCAGUAUCAAAGAAAUCCACUGAUAGUUGUCAGUACAUCCGUGAGUACAAAGCAAACAGGAGCUGCUAAUAUCUUAUUCAACAUGAUUUUAAUGUUACUAAUGGGACACAGCGAACAACUCUGACUGUCUGAAUUAUAUUACAAACUAUUUAAGGUGCCCAAUUAUAUGGAUAUCACAGUGCUGACAGUAUGUUGAGGUCCUAACUUUAACUUCACUUUGACUUAAAACUGACAUUUUAAUAGUUCUCAUAACAGACCCAAGGUUAUGUAAGCUAAUAAAUAUACAUGCACUUAUUUAUUUUCAAAUGUUUUUCACAUGAAGGCUGUCAAAGAGCACAACACUAUAGAAGCACAUGUCACAGAGUGUUACUUGUUCUGUAAUUGUGACUGUAUUUCACUGCUACUAUCACUGCCUUACUUUAGACUGCACCUAAUAACACGUAAAGACAGUCAGAAGCACUUAGGUGGCAUAAAAACAUUGAAACUUUGAAUGCACACAAAUUAACCAACGUCCAUGCAGAGAAGGAAGAAUAUAAGUGGUUAAUAUGCAGAUAGGUGCAACAUUACAGCCAGUUAGGCUCUGUGCACUUUGGUAGAUUUAUGAGCCCUUUUUAUUGUCACUGCAUUUAAUUUAUCACUGCACCAGCUGGGACAGAAGACAUCUCAAUGCCAAACGGUUCAAGUGAUAUUCCUGAACAAAUGUAUAAAUACACUAUCCACACCAUGACUGUGUUAUGUGUGGCAAAAUAACUAAUCGUGACAUACUUUACUUACUAAUCUUUUAUGUCCAAAAAACAGGGCUUUGAACAGAGUUGAAGUAAAUUAGAGGUGAAGGGAAACGGUGGUUUGUUUUAGUUUGAUUAAUGUAGGUCUGCUUUGCACAAAUGUUAAAGGAUUAUAAUUUCAGAUGUUUGUAAUGACACAUGACAACAUGUUUCUGGAACACUUGUAAACAUGGGAACUGGAUUUAACGUUUUUUCCUCUCAAGGUUAGAUGACCAAAGCUUUAACCGUCUGUUCAAUCCUUACGUCUUCCUGCAUAAUUCGUGUUCGACUAUGUUAAACUGAUCAUUUACUGUUAAGUAUACUAAUGCUGGAUAAUGUUGGACUUUUCUCUGUGAGCCAAGGACAAAUUAAUGUACAUCUGAAAUACCUCUACAGUCUGGGUGAUGAUAGUACGCAACAUUUGUAUGAUUUUUUUUUUAAACCAAGAAUGUGAAACAUCAGUUUUUCUACUACAUUUCUGUCUCACUGUCAGCAAAACGUACAGUAUAUUUUUAGAUGACAUGUUUUGUAUAGUGUUAUUUAAAUGCAUUUGUAAUAUCU